AUGCCUUACAUUACCUACCCCUGCUGGGCAUGCUGCUCCAUUGCCAACGAGCAAGCCAAAUGUCGUAUCUGCUCCCCACGUCGUCCAAAGAAAAGCCGCAUACCAAAGCCUUACAAUGCAGAGAAACCUCGACGCAUGCAAACCAUUUCCGCUCCCAUUUUAGUUUCGAUCUACAACUGGAACGAAUGUAAUACGGAAGCGAUACAAAAGGAGCUCGACAACAUUCGCGAGAUGAACACCUGCGAGCCAUAUUUGGGGCAGGAUAGCCCUGCUCUCACCAUCAUCACACCCAACUCCGAAAACAUACCGAGCGUAGCACUCCAUGCUGCUGAGAAUGAACACCCAACCAUGGACAGGGCUACAUUCAGAGACGUUGAACAUGAGGUUGAUUAUGUUUCCGAUCUUCGCGUUUUGAUUUGCCCACGGGAAGCGACUAAGGAGCAUAAAGGCAGAAAGAAAUGUAAAAAGUGCUACGAAGCAAAACAAGCCAAUGCACACUUCGCGAGUGCUAUGAGGGAUACGGAGGCGGGACUGUUAAAUGGUGGCGAUUACAGAGAGCUCGCAGGAAGUAGCUAUGACUGA